AAAGUGCCCAACGCCCCGAAAGCGACGCGAAGGAGUCGCUGCUGCACUGGCUGGUCACAACCCCCAUGAACGGCGGCUGCCGCGGCUCAGCGCUCAGGUCGGGAAGGAGGACUGCCUCUGCAUGGCCCCCGGUGUUGAUAUGACUACUGUACAGCUCGGGGUCAAAAUCGAGGAGUCUCCUGCGUCUGCUUUCAGCAAGCCCAGCAGCUGCAUCCAGGCGAGCGUGGCGGCGAUGGGAGGAGAGGAGGAGGGUGACAAGCCCAAAGUGUCCCCGUCCCUCCUGCCUUUCAGCGUGGAGGCGCUCAUGGCUGAUCACAGGAAGCCGGGGGCCAGAGAGAGCAUCGCCACCAGCCCCGAAGGGGCAGUGCCCCAGGCUGCUGGGACUUCCACUCAUCAGACCCUCAGUCCCAGGGCGGGAUCCUUAUCGGUGGCAGCAGAGACGCCGGCUUCCCCGCUGCAGAUCAACAGCCAUUUUCCUGCCGGGGGACUAGUAAAAUUGCCCGAAGAUGCACUUGUCAAAUCGGAAAGCCCCGAGAAGCAAGAGAGGACGGCCUGGAUGCAGAACGCCAGGUUCUCCCCACCUCCCCCUAGGCGGCUGAGCCCCCCGGCCUGCACCCUGCGCAAGCACAAGACCAACAGGAAGCCUCGGACCCCGUUCACCACGGCGCAGCUGCUGGCCCUGGAGAGGAAGUUUCGGCAGAAGCAGUAUCUGUCCAUCGCCGAGCGAGCGGAGUUCUCCAGCUCGCUGAGCCUCACCGAGACCCAGGUGAAGAUCUGGUUCCAGAACCGGCGCGCCAAGGCCAAGAGACUACAGGAGGCCGAGCUGGAGAAGCUGAAGAUGGCAGCCAAGCCCAUGCUGCCCCCGGCCGCUUUCGGCAUCUCCUUUCCUCUGGGCGGCCCGGCGGUGGCGGGCGCUUCCCUGUACGGAGCCUCCAGCCCCUUCCAGCGGGCAGGGCUGCCAGUGGCGCCCGUGGGACUGUACACGGCUCACGUGGGAUACAGCAUGUACCACCUCACAUAGAGCGCAGCGGGGCACACGGAACCCACCCGACAGCAGCCUGGCUGGGGCGCCCCCUCCCUCAAAAGCCAGCGGGCCAGCUCCUGUCCCUGCCUAGCCAUCUUGUCCCCACCAACCCUCAGCUUGGCUUUCAAGCGCCCCCCCCCCCGCCCCUGUCCCUGCAUCUCUCGCCCCGGUUCCACGCUCCUCACACUCUGCGAAGUUCCUAACAGCCCCUUUGCAGAGACUUCCAGCCACCGGGCUCCACGGUCAAGUCUGGCUUUGUUUGCCUCGUUUAGCUCUUUAUUCUUCGGCACCCUCCCUGCGUUUAAACGUUGAUCCGAUCUCGCCAGUGGUUUCCACAAGCUGCUCCUCCCUCAGUACCCCAAACCAGGAGAAACCGAAAACAUCAACCAUCCUUCCAGCUCAGACAAGGGGCCGUGGCUCCAAGCCCUGUGAUUCCUUCCCAGGUUAAUUCCGAGACAUGCAGGCAGAGCUAAGAGUUGGGGAUAGACCACUGCGUUAUUUGGGAAGGGUUGGCUUGGAAUUGAAAUGACAAAGGCUGAAUGCCAGGAACACUUUUCUCUCUCUUACGCAAGAAAGAGACAAAAUGUACAGUAGUCUCUCCGUAUUCAUUUAACAGCGCUGUCUGUUAUCUGUGUUUCUUCCUCCAACAGCUCCUUUGGAAGGGGCCCUGUGUACUAUGUAAUAUACUGUAUAUUUGAAAUUUUAUUAUCAUUUAUAUUAUAGCUAUAUUUGUUAAAUAAAUUAAUUUUAAGCUA